AUGCCCGUGUGCCCGCAGCCAUGCUCGCCGGCAAGCAGCCGCCGUGAGGAGCUCGCCGGCCAGCAACCAAAGCGCCGCCGUGGAGCUCCCUCCCGUCGCUCGUCCUCGUCCAGUACGCGCAGGGUGUGGGUGGACGGCUCCGUCGCCCUUCUGGACGCCGCCAUGGAGAACCGCAUCCAGGGAGGCCUCCCGCCGGAGUUAGCCGCCCAUGCCACCCGCAGCUCGGCAAGAAAUGGCCAUGGUGCAGUCGGUAGCGCGGCGCGGCGCGAGGGCGGUGGGGCGCGCUUCUUCUCCGUGGCCGGCCGCUCACCGGCGGCGCUCGGCGUCGGCGCCGCGCGCACGGCUGCCACGUUAAAGCAAGGGGAGAAGGAGGCGGCGAGCUACUGGGGCGUGGCGCCGGCGAGGCUCGUCAAGGAGGACGGCACCGAGUGGAAGUGGUCGUGCUUCAGGCCGUGGGAUGCGUACGAGGCUGACGUGUCCAUCGAUCUGACGAAGCACCACCGGCCGGCCACGCUCGGGGACAAGGUGGCCUUGUGGACGGUCAAGGCGAUGCGCUGGCCCACCGACCUCUUCUUCCAGAGGAGGUACGGUUGCCGCGCCAUGAUGCUGGAGACGGUGGCCGCAGUCCCCGGCAUGGUGGCUGGCGCGGUGCUCCACCUCCGGUCGCUCCGGCGCUUCGAACAGAGCGGCGGGUGGAUCCGUGCACUGCUGGAGGAGGCCGAGAACGAGCGCAUGCACCUGAUGACCUUCAUGGAGGUGUCCCAGCCGCGGUGGUACGAGCGCGCGCUCGUCGUCGCCGUCCAGGGCGUCUUCUUCCACGCGUACCUCGCCACCUACCUCGCCUCCCCAAAGGUCGCGCACCGCAUGGUGGGGUACCUGGAGGAGGAGGCCGUGCACUCCUACACCGAGUUCCUCCGUGACCUCGAGGCCGGCAAGAUCGACGACGUGCCCGCGCCGGCCAUCGCCAUCGACUACUGGCGCCUCCCGGCCGGCGCGACCCUGAAAGAUGUCGUCAGGGUUGUCCGCGCCGACGAGGCGCACCACCGGGACGUCAACCACUACGCCUCUGACAUACAUUGCCAGGGGCAUGCACUGCGAGAGGUAGCUGCGCCGAUCGGCUACCACUGAGGAAAGGGACUACUACGCACGCAAUAAAUUUGGAGCUUGUUUGGAUGCAAUUAUCGUUGCUGUCUCCGAACCUUUUUUUUUAAAUGUGCUGUCUCCGAACUUGUAAAUGAAAGAUUUAGUGUGUGGUCUACAUAUCCGUACAAUUGUAUGUGUUCCCGUUAUGUUCAUUAAAUUGUAUCCCUGCUUUGUUUACAUCUUGCUUACGUUUGAAUGUUGUGACACAUUGAU